GUGGUGUGGCCGUGCCUCUUGGAAGCUCAUCUUGAAGCUCUCGUCUUCACGUCACCACAAAACCCUCCUGCAAAUAAAAUACAUAACGCGCGCAUCUCGCCUCAAACCGCCUACACGAGGCACUACUUCCACAAGGUCUGUAUCGAUCCGUGGCUGCUGGAGCAGCGAAGUUGUCCAAUGUGCAAACUGGACAUUCUGCAGGCCUACGAUUUUCGGCCAGACAUGGCGUCGUGUCCGGCCUCGACGACUGGAGGCGACGACUCCAGCAGCCUGUCGCCGCCAGCUGCGGCUGCAACUUCGAGCGCGGUGGAGGUGGUGACGCAGGUGACCUCCUCCGACCUCGGCACCAGUCGCGUAGACGACGUAGCCGGUCCAGGCCCCAGUUGGAGUGCGGUGGUGUUGGAGGAGGUCGCGCUUCCCACGACGAGCCUGCCACCGCCGCCCCUGACAUUGUCGUCGUCUGGUGAUGUCGUGGUUGUUUCUUCCAUUUCCAGUUCGUACCAUGAUUUGGGGAACCAGUUGCACGAAAUGACACCCAGCCCCUCAGCAGCCUCCGAUCGCGUUGAUUGGCUUCGUGGGUUAUUCAAGACCCAGGGAACGGCACCGCAUCAGCGUCGGAACAAACGUGCCCGACAAGCCGACUCAGCAGAUCCAAAGGGGAACGAUGUGCACCCCUCGCGCGACCCCCUACUCACUCGAAGGGUGUCACACGAGGUGCCGGACGUCGUCGUUGCCACAACCCCCGAUGCUAGACCCCUGCCCCAGUCCUCGGCUUCUUGA